UUUUUCCAAAUUUAUCCGUACAAUUAUUCCCUGUUUCUCCGGCAUCACACGCGACCUUCGUCUCUGUGUGUGUGUGUGUGUGCGCCCAUUGGGUUCAGCCCUCAGGACUUACUGACCUGCGGAAAAAAGGACGGAGUCUCUGAACUUGCAGUCGCAAAAAGAAAAAGAAAAUAAGGAGAAAGAGAGACAGAGAAAUGAAAAUUUGAAGGUGUGGGCUCAUCGUUCGUUAGAUUCUCCGCACGCUCACCCUACGAAGUUCCAUCUUUUUAGAAAUUUCACGGAAUCCCCUGACCCAGAGACUAUGUACUUGUCUGAUAAGCCUCGCCCAAUCGAUAUUUACAAGGAAGAAGGUAGCAGAGAUAUGAUGAUCGAGGUCGCCUCCAAUGGCGACCACCAUAUUCAACCUCAUCAGCCACAGCCGACUCAUCAGCAGCACCAAAUGAUGCUCGGCGAUAGCAGUGGUGAGGAUCAUGAAGUCAAGGCUCCGAAGAAGCGGGCGGAGACCUGGGUUCAGGAUGAGACUCGAAGCUUAAUUUCCCUACGCCGGGAGAUGGAUGGUUUGUUCAAUACCUCGAAAUCCAACAAGCAUUUGUGGGAGCAGAUAUCGGCUAAGAUGAGGGAAAGGGGCUUUGAUCGCUCUCCGACUAUGUGUACUGACAAAUGGAGGAACUUGCUCAAGGAGUUCAAGAAGGCAAAGCACCAUGAUAGGGGAAGUGGCUCUGCUAAGAUGUCGUAUUACAAGGAGAUUGAAGAAAUUUUGAAGGAGAGAAGCAAAAGUACGCAGUACAAGAGCCCCACGCCACCCAAGAUUGAUUCAUAUAUUCAAUUCGCGGACAAAGGAAUAGAGGAUAAUGGUCUAACGUUCGGACCCGUUGAAGGUGGCAGGCCUUCACUCAAUCUUGAAAGACAGCUAGAUCAUGAUGGACAUCCCCUUGCCAUCACAGCAGCUGAUGCAGUUGCUGCAACGGGCAUUCCACCUUGGAAUUGGAGAGAGGCACCCGGAAAUGAUGGGGAGAGUCAGGCAUUUGGCGGGAGAGUAAUAUCAGUCAAGUGGGGGGACUACACAAGAAGAAUCGGUAUUGAUGGCACCUCAGAGGCCAUCAAAGAGGCAAUCAAAUCUGCAUUCAGGUUGAGAACUAAACGUGCAUUUUGGUUAGAGGAUGAGGACCAGGUUAUCAGAAGUCUGGACAGGGACAUGCCUUUAGGAAACUACACUCUUCACCUUGAUGAAGGGUUGGCUGUGAAAAUCUGCCUCUAUGAUGAAUCUGAUCACUUACCGGUACAUACCGAAGAAAAAAUAUUUUACAUUGAAGAAGAUUACCGAGAUUUUUUAACUCGUCGGGGCUGGACAUGUCUUCGGGAGUUUGAUGGGUAUAGAAACAUCGAUACUAUGGAUGAUCUUCGUCCUGGUGCAAUAUACCGCGGUAUAAGUUGAGCAAGUGCCCAAUUAUGGCAACAUGAUAAAGAUUUUGGCUUUAGUGCCCUUGGUUAUGGGGCUUUGUUUUAGUACUCCAUCUUUACUUGUAUUCCAUACUCUAAAUCUAACCAUGUAAACAGGUAUAGCCUUUGUGCACAGACUCAGCAUAUGAAAUAGGCCUUCGUGCGCAGACUCUGCAUAUGCAUUUUUGACAGGUUAUCUUCUCCCUGUAUAUGUAAUAUGGAUUGUUGGAAGUAUUGUCUCUUUUGUACA